ACACUAUCCUCAAAAACUGUUUGGUGGUUUUCCAUGAAAGCAGAAAAUCAUCCAAUCCAAUAGUCGAAGGUCACUGUUCAGUGUGGUGAGAAUAAUAUAAUACUUCCGAUAGUGAAUUUUGCAGAUCAAUUUUUCCUCAAUAUCUAGCAAGAGGGAAAGAGUGAUGGGAGUGAAGUCAUUUGUGGUCAAAUUGCUGCCAUUUGCAGCGAUGGUGGCUGUUGAGACCUUUGAUGUUGGUCUAACAACACUCAACAAAGCAGCCAUGUCCAAAGGCUUGAGUCAUUUCGUCUUUGUUGUCUAUGCAAAUGUUAUUGCUUCUCUCAUCCUCCUCCCCUCUUAUUUUAUCAUAUUCAGGAGAAAGGGACCUCCACUGACCUUAUCUUUCCUGGGUAAAGUUUUCCUCCUCAGUCUUGUGGGGAUUACUUUGAUGCAGAAUUGUGUGAGCACUGGUAUCAACUACAGCUCUCCUACUCUUGGCUCUGCAAUGAGCAACUUAACACCAGCGUUCACUUUCUUGCUUGCUGCUAUCUUCAGGAUGGAAAAGUUGGGUUUGAGAAGUUUAAGAAGCCAGGUAAAAAUUUUGGGCACUCUGGUAUCAAUAUUAGGAGCAUGGAUUGUAACCCUUUACAAGGGUCCUGCAAUAGGCGCUGUGCCUCAACCGCAACCAUCUUCCUUACCUGCUGAGACUGCAACAAAUGAUUGGGUCAUUGGGGGCAUUUUCCUUGCAACUGCUAGUUUAUCAAUUGCUAUAUUGAACAUUUCUCAGGCAGCAAUUCUUAAAGGAUAUCCAUCAGAGAUGACUUUAGUCACCUUCUACUGCUUCUUUGGCACCGUUCAGUGUACAAUAGUUUCAUUGAUUGCAGAGAGAAACCCGAAUGCAUGGAAAAUUAGGCCUGAUAUCGAGCUCAUCUCUGUCGUAUACGCAGCAGUGUUUGGGAAUGUGGUGACAUAUGGUGUAGUUGCAUGGUGCAUACGAAGAAAAGGACCUGUGUUUGUUGCCAUGUUCAAGCCUGUGGGGAUUUCUAUUGCUGCCUUUAUGGGUGCCAUCUUCCUUGGUGACACUCUCCACAUUGGAAGUGUUAUCGGAGCAAUAAUAAUUGUUGUGGGUUUCUACGGUGUUAUAUGGGCACAGUCCAAAGAAGAAAAGAACAAAGGUGAAGCGUACAAAUGUGACAGACCACAGGCAUAUUCGCAAAAGACACCUCUCUUAGAUAGCUACGUAAAUGUGUAAACCAAUGCAGUUAAUCUUUUAUUUGGUAAAGGAAAGCAUGAGCAGCUUGCUCACAAGUUAACCUUGAUUUGUGCAUACGGUUCAAACAGCAUAAGUUGAUUCCUGAUCCAUGGCUGGAUUUAAUAGAUUGUGACUAUCAGAAAUUCAACUAGUCAAGUCAAAAGAUAUGAAACGUAUUCCAGCUUCUUCUCUAUGCUAAAUCCCUUGGCUAUAU